CGUUUUGUUUGCAUCGACCCUUGCUCGGUUAUCCUUGCAAUCUGGAUUGUUUGUUUACAUGACAACACAGAAGCUAUAUGUGAUGAAGAACACUAUAAAAUUACUUAAUUCAACAUCAAUUUCCACAUGAAUACAAUUUCGAGUAUUCCUAAAGGCUCACAUCAAAUAACUGCAACCUGAGCCAGCAAAAAUGGAUGCAGAUAACCUGCGCACCGCGUCUUUAUACAUCAACAACCAGCUUCUCUCUCGUGGAUUACUGCGAAAUGGGCAAACAAUUGACUUUGCGCGCCCGCAUAAAUCGGAAGAGGGAUUAGAUGUCACCAUGGGGAAGAUAAUGAGUGUAGUGAAUGAUCUGAUUUUGAGGAGAGAUGUAAGUAUCACAAGCGCAUCUCAGCCUUAAUUCAUCAAACAGAAAAAAAUCGAAAUUGACGGAAAGUUAACAGCGCGAUUCUCAACAACGAGAGAAUCUCUCUCAAGCCAUUCGAGCUUUACGCGCAGAUGCUUUGCGAUCGACGACUGAUAUGGAAAGGAUCACUACGAAAAACGCCGAAUUACAACGAAAAGUUGGAAUAGCGGAUGCGACGGAACGGGCUUUGAAAACACAGUUGAGGAGUGCGGAACAGGCUGUUAAGGGCUUGAAAGAGGAUAUGGCGAGGAUGAGAGUCUUGGUGGGGCAGACAAGGGCGCAGUGUGCCAAUGAAGUUAGAAAGAAGGAAAGAGUUAUCGAAGGAAUGAAGAAACAUGUCGCUGAAGGUGGGAGAGCAAGGGGCAGUGGGAAAGCUGUGGGUGUUGCGACUAUUAAUGUAGUCCCUGGAGUUGGAGGUGAAAAUGGAAGCGGGGCAGGAAUGGGCACAGAUGACGAGGGGUAUGAUUUGAGAAUGGAGACGAAUGAGUUUCUGACGGAAUUGGCUAGGGGAUUAAGUGGCGAAAAUGAAUCAUUAGGGGGAUUGGUGAGAAGGACCAUUGAGACAUUGAGGACAGUUUCUGGUUGCGAGAAAGAGGAGGAGCAAGAAGGGAAUAUGGUGGUACAAAUGGAGGGCUCUUAUGAGCAUCUUGCUUCCGAAAUGGAAGUCGUAAUUGAACAUCUAAGGACGAUCCUGACAAAUCCGUCAUUUGUCUCGCUAGAAGAAGUGGAGGUUAGAGAAGAAGAGAUCACAAGAUUACGAGAAGGUUGGGAGAAAAUGGAGUCUAGAUGGAAGGAUGCGGUGCAGAUGAUGGAUGGGUGGCGCCAUCGAAUGGCUAGAAGUGGUCAAACCGUCAAUAUUGAGGAAUUGAAGAUGGGUUUGAGCCUGAGUCCGUUCAAGCCUACGGCAGAACCCAAUUAUGAAGUUCUUCAAUUAUCGAUGGUGCAGGAAGAGGACGAGGAAGAAGAUGAGGACGAAGGUGAUACACAGGCAGAUAUUGAUGCCAUGGAUGAUUCGGGCAUUGGUGGUCAUCCAGAGCCUGAGUUCCAUGACGAGGAAGAAUUGAGUGACGCUGAGUCUAGCAUUUUUGAAGAAGAGCCGGAGCAAACAAGGCAAGAGGAAUUUGAAGCUGAGGAGGAGGAGGAGGGGGAGGACGAAGUAGAAGAAGAAGAUUAUGAUGAAGUUGCCGAGGAACAACAACAACCUGCAGAUAUGACGUUGGAUACAGUAUCAUCUCUGCCUGGGACACCACCUCAAAUGUCCCCUCUUCGCGAAACAACCAAAGGAAACCGAGGUAGUCCCACAAAGCUAAGCCCUAAGGGAUUCACUACUAUUAUUGAAGAAAAUACUUGGGAUCUCUUACAACUCGAGCAAUCCUCAUAUAAUCACAAAUCUAUUUCAACCCCAACACCUAAGCCUCUCCCCCGAAAAGAAACGAAAGAGGAAGCAAAACAGCUCUUCGUUGCAUCCACUGACGAAACUUCCGUUCCAAAAACACCAGCCCCAACACUCUCCGCCCAUUCAUCAACUAGAUCUUCAACCAGAUCCUCCGUCGUAAGAGAAACCAGAUCUUCAGCCGCAAGAGCAGCUUCAGCUAAAAAGCCUGCCCAUCAAACACCCAAACCAAAAGCCACUCCCAAAAUCCAACUCCAACCCCCUACAUCCGCAAGUCGCUUGCCUCGACCACCCCAUAUCCCACCCCAACAGAGUCCUCUCACCAUGGCUAGCAUAGCCGCCAAACUCGCCGCAUCCGAACGUGAAGCAGAUGCUGCAAGAGUAAAAGCUAAGUUGAAAGCUGCAAAGUUAGCACGCAGUGCUGCCUCUACUACCAGCACGACCGCCCCACGAUCCAAAAGCCCAAUUAAAAAAAGAGAGCCAGAAGUCACGAAACUAAUGCCUCCAUCUUCCUCGCCUGUUAGAGAGGAACCGACCAAAAGUGAAAGUACCAGUGGCAGAACGAUGAGAAGUCCCGAAAAAGACUUGAGUGCUGUAUCAAAUAGGAAGAGAAAGGUCAGAGCAAGUAGGGACAAAGAGCAUGGAAGAGCUGCAAGGAGAAGAAGUACAUUGAGUCCGUGGGAACUGGAGAGUUUAAUUUUAGGCGGGAUGGGAUCACCAAAGAAGGAGGAAUGAUGUGCAUAGAUAUCCACAGUCUGGCGUCACGGACUGGAGCUUUUUGUUAUUCUUUAUUUAUGAAGUUAUGACUGUUGAUUGUAUAAAGAGACCUAGGUGGUCUUCCCCCUAAUACCAAUUUUUGUUUUGUAUGUAGUAUGUCUGCAUACCUGAGAGGCGUUUUCUUCUUC